UUCUCUUAUAGCAAAACCAUCAUGGCGAUUUUGUAGUAAUGUACGAGUGCGACGCGUUGAUAAUUUCCGGCAAUCGUGCAGAGGCACUAUAAAUUUCCUACAUUGAUAAGCAAGAACGCGACCGAUCGAUCGAUCGUGGCCACGGCAAGAUUACGUAAAGCACGCUUUUACAAUUAGAGUCUCCGCAAAAUGCCCGCCAUACCAACGGGAGCCUAUGGCCAAGGACCUUCGUGUUUUGAUAGAAUGAAAUUGGGCUUUGCAAUUGGAUUCCUCGUCGGGGUAAGCUCUGGCGCACUCUUUGGCGGAUUUUCUUCCUUUAGAUAUGGACUAAGAGGAAAAGAGUUGUACACCAAUGUAGGUAAAAUGAUGCUUCAAGGUGGUGGAACAUUUGGUACGUUUAUGGCCAUUGGAACAGGAAUAAGAUGCUAAUGUGUAUAUAUAUGUAUGUAUGUAUGUAUGUAUAUGUAUGGAUGAAUGAAGUAAAUCUUAGUGUACCUACAAUUUAUCAUUGUUUGCAAUAGUUAUACUAAGCUUGCAACUGUUACGGAAUACUGAAUUCUUAAUAAAAUAUCUAAGAACAUA